GACAUCACGAGACUUUCUAUUGGGUAAAACCCUAAUAUCUCUUCUUUUUCCUUUCGCCUUCGUUCGGUUUCGUCUCUCUCAAUCUCUGUUAGUUUUGCCCUAAUUGCGAAAUCGCUGGUGAUGUGGUGUCGAGAAUCUUCUGUAUUUUGUUUCUCUGCACCUCCCAUACCCAGCUAGAUUGUACGCUAAUCUUAUCCCAUUCCCAGACGAUAACUUCGUUUAUCGUCUCUGUCAAGGCUGGGACAUUUUUUACCUGGAAUGUUGCAGAUUGUUGGCUGUUCUUAAAACCGAAAUGAUUUAUUCAUCGUAAAGUUGUGGUAUUCACAUCUAAGGUGCUUCCCACGUCGAUGGCUUUCGAAUUGGUUAACCAAGAAUUUCUGGGCUGAAAGAGAUUGACAUUUGUGGGGCUGCUUAAUACUUUAAAUCAGUUGUAACUAUGGACCUUCGGAACAUAUUACACUUGGAUUGGUGCAAUUUGGAGCUACUUAAACAAAGAUUAAUGGCAUCUUGUGAACAUAUGGACCUUAUGGAGGCAAGAAUUGAAGAUUUACUUGUGUGAACCUGAAGUUCUGUAGAUUUUAGAAGAUUUAGAGAUUGAAGCAGGUUGUGGUAGAGGUCUCUUCUCUGUAGCUUACAGAACACAUCAGUCUCCCAUAUAGCCUCCAUAUUCCCUUUCUUUCUUCUUCUUUCUUCAGAAUCGACUUGGAACAAAUCCGUCAUCUAUUGACUAAGCAUUAUAUUAUCCAAUAUCCCAUUUUUCAAACCAUUGACCAACAUUUUAUUUGUAUUUGUGAUGUGCGUUGGGUUUGACAAGAGCUUAGAGAUGAAAGGGAUGUUACUAAUAAUUAGUGAAUGUAUUGAUUCGAUGUUUUUAUCAACUUCUCCAUGGCAUUUUUUUAAAGGACAAUUUAACAGUUCUUUAUUUUUGGGAAAAGGCCAUUUGAACAAGUAUACAACAAUUUAACAAAAUUUUGAAGAAGUAUUUCAAUGGACAUGAGAUGGAGAAGUUCUGAUUGGUGUGAUUUAUUGAUCUGACUUUAGGCUGGAAAUGCUUGUCAUUACGUUUCUUAAUCUUCAUCACUCGGUGUAUAAUUCCAAAGAAAUCCAGAUUUCAUGGCAAGCCCGUUGAAUUGGAUGCCGCCACUCUGGCCUGUCCUGCAUGUGAUUUGUAGCCGACACCCUCAGAGUAUUAUUGUUAUUCCUUGGUACUUUUUAGUGAAAAGUUUGGAGACUAAAUCAAAUACUUGAUGUAUACACCGAAGGUUAUACGGCGAAAUGGUAUUAUUUACAUUGAAAAGGAAAAAAGAGAGAUUUAUCUUGGCGUUGAAUAAAGCUCUUCCACCUUUUCGAAUGAUUUGAUUGGAAAUAGACAAAUCUGUUUGUGGUGGCACACUACAGCUUGGAUUCAGGGUCCCAUGUGAUCUUAUUUCGCCCAAUCUAUUGACUCUGUCCCUUCCGAUCAUUGCCUGUAAUGUGCCUACUUAAACGCUUCCAAAUUCCACUUCCAUUGCACAACCCAUAACACAAUGGCGAAAUCUCUACUACCCCAUCUCUCCGUUUUCCUCUUCCUUUUCAUCACUGCAACUGCAUCGGCUUCAGACUGGAACAUUCUGAGCCAGAGGUCCAGAAAUGGCCUCAAAAUCAGCCUUAAAAACUACUGCGAAAGCUGGAGAUUGAACGUCGAGCUUCACAAUAUCCGAUUCUUCCAUGUGGUGCCUGAGGAAUGCGUUAGCUACAUUGGCAAAUACGUUACCUCCACUCAAUACAAAGUUGAUUCCGAGAGGACGAUCGAGGAGUGCAUUGUGUACCUUACCAAGGGCUGUGCCCUUAAAGGUGAUGGCACUGAUGCUUGGAUCUUCGACAUCGAUGAUACCCUCAUCUCCACUGUCCCCUAUUACAAGAAAAAUCAAUUUGGGGGGAAGAAAUUGAACCUGACGGAUUUGGAGGCGUGGAUGAGCAAGGCCAAAGCACCACUUUUGGAUCACUCAUUGAGGCUUUUCAAUAUGCUGAAAGCGAGAGGAGUGGACAUCAUUUUGAUAUCCGCGAGACGGGAAAAUCUCAGAUCUGCCACCAUUGAGAAUCUUGUUCAAGUGGGCUACCAUGGAUGGACCAAUCUCAUCUUAAGGAGCCCUGAAGAUGAGAAGAAGGAAGUGGAGCAAUACAAGACAGAUGUGAGAAGGCGAUUGGUGAAUGGAGGGUACAACAUUUGGGGGAAUGUGGGAAAUCAAUAUAGCAGCAUUGAAGGAAAGCCAAGGGGAAGAAGAACAUUCAAGCUUCCAAAUCCAAUGUAUUAUGUCUAUUAAGCACUUGCUUUUGGCUUUUUAAACCGUUUCUUUUGGUCGGGAAGGAUUGAUCUACACAGACAGAGGGAAGGAUGAGAGAGAGAUGUGACAUGUGUGAUGAAUAAGCUUAGCUUGCUAUUUACUUGUCUGUUAAAGCUGUAAUCUCGUAUUUGGAACUUGUUUUGAUCAUCUCUUAAUCAGAAAGAAGUCCUUGUGAUCA